CUGCUCUCCUUUUCCUUCGAUUGCUCUGGCAUCAACACCCAUCAAUUCUUUCAACACUGCAUAGAAUACGCCGGCGUUUUGUGUUUGUCUUUAUCUCGUCACGCUGGGCGGAUGGCGAAGGUUUCAUGCGUCUUUUUUAUUUACGGUUGCCACGGGUCACUCUGACGACUUCCAGCCCCUCCCUUGAAUAGACAAAAGGACCCCCCAAAAAAAAGCUUCCCCCUAUAGACCUCACCCAUGUUCGCAGAACGCUGUGCAUUCGACCAUACAGAUCCGUGCUCCAGCUCAUGCAAUACAAUCCACCACCAUCUCCGUAAUGCACCCUUUCGACCUGUCCACCAGUCAGUUGUCGAGUUCCGGCCAUUCCACCGUCUGAGUGCCGCGGAAUGUGGCUCUUUAGAGGAGCACAAUCCGCAGUGUUCUACUACGCUUCCUGUACACCAUGCGGCGAGUACUUUUACAGGCGUAAGCGGAAGAGAGAGGCUGCACGAACCGUCCGAGAUCCGAGCAGGGAGGGUAUAGUCACAGACCAACCUGUCUUCUUUCACCAGCCAUUUCCAUUCACCACGAAUUCCUACUGGAGUGAAGAGAUUGCUCUCGGCCCCGGACCGCCGUCACGAAAGGGACAUAGAAAUGGCACCAGCCGUACCAGUAGUCAGAGAAAUCUGACCUCCCCUCAGCGACCGGCCGAUCCGGAGGUUCUAACGGGAACGCUGGAGGGCCUCAAGAAGGAUAAAGAUGCGUUGAAGAACCCUAUUGGAGAUGCUUGGAAUAGGCUUCGCUAUCAGCGUGAAGAUGAGGAAUUGUGGGGAUUAGAGGUGAAGGGGUCAUCGGUGGGACUUUCGGGUCGAGGGCGAUCAGAUUCUUUCAACUCGUCCAAGUACUACAUUGCCCGGAACCCAGAAGUCAACGAUCUCCAUCCUCCUGUUGUCUGUGGCCCUCGAAGCAAAGCAGAAACUCGGUGGAUGUUACAACCUCCCCCCAGCGCGAAGGUCAUGGCAGGGAAGGUGAGGGCUGAAACGUCGGUACGGCAAAGUCGUGAUACCAGCCCUCUCAAAAGGCCCUCAGCCAUUCCUGAAGAACCCGAGCUUUCCCCAAGCAUUAGACCAUCUCAUAAGGGACGUAAACCGCUGUCAGGUCGAUCACCUCCACCUAUAUCUCUUAACCCGAUCGAGGGCUCCCAUGCCUUACAACCCACAACCUCCAGUCACCGAAGGACUCCCGAGCAACAGUCAGGCGAUAUUCUUUGCCCAGUCCUGUCGUUCGGGACUUCAACCGAUUCUCUAGAAUCCUCGAUAUCUAGACAACAAACGCCCCGUGCCCCACUUUCCACGAUAGCGUCAUCGUCCCGUCUACCCUCCAACACAGAAACAUCCGGAAACGUUCACCUAACCUCAUCUCCUACGUUGAUCUCUCCCUCUAAUUCUCCUAGCCCCCGAGCUCUUCAACGUGAACCCCUUGUAGCAUCAUCCUCAGCCUUGCUACACAAAACCUCCACCACCUACGCCGAAGAUCGUCCAUCGACAAACGACACUGUUGAUAGCGGAAAGGCUUUUCGUUUUCGAACCCCAUUAACACCCAUAUGGGCUGCUAAUACUCAUGCCAAUAACCUUGAUGAUAACACUAAGCGCUGUCUUGGCUUGCGGCUAGAAGCGGACGCUGAUGAUUUCGACGACUUUCGGCAUAUUCAACCGUAUCGAUGGAGUAUGGAUAUUUAGAACCUUUUGCCAUUUGGCCUUGGAGAAAGAAUAGUAGAAAAUCGUUUACGGCUUCAAAAUUAAUCGCUUUAAACCGCUCUUUUAUUGCAGCUAUUCGCUGCGACUCUUUUACACCCUCCCUUUCGUCUCUUUUAUCCCAACGCAAGCAAGUACGUUGUCUCAUUAGCGUUUUUACCUACCGAAGCGAUGCUUCGAUGAUCUUUGUCAUCCCUUUUCUUCUCGAAAGGAAAAGAAGAAACCAUGGCUCUUUAUUCAAUGAUUGAUAGCAACUGAGAUCGUUCUUUUUUCUUCCAGUCCCACGAAUCCUUAUAUUGUUAGAUAUUCCUUGGGAGUCAAUGGAAAGACAAAGAAAACA